UCGAGUUCCUGCCCGCUAACAGCAUGACAAGCGAAAAGACAAUAGUCGCGAUUUUCUUUUUGGCUUUGAUGGCGCUAGCCGCGAAUUCAGCUCCUGCGCCGCAGACGCAGGUCAGCCUUUCGCAGUUGAACGACCAGGAUUUUGUCAAGCGCAAGAUUCGCUGCGUUUUGGAUGAGUUGCCGUGCGAUCCUCUUGGACAAAGGUUGAAAGAUCUGCUUCCAGAAAUUUUGCAAUCCAACUGCGCCAACUGUUCGCCUUUUGUGAAGGCCAACGUGACUCGACUGAUUCGCUACGCGCAGCUCAGGUACCCAAAAGAGUGGUCGAAAAUCAAGGCGAAAUACAUAAAACAUUAAGGACAACACUAGACGUUUUAUAUGUUCAAUUAAAAAACCACCAAAAGUCGUUUUGUUAAUUGAAAAGGCUGAGAAUAAUUUUAUCUCGGUGGGAAAAGAAACACCAAUUUGCUUAAGAAUAAUUUAUUAAAAAACACUCUCCGAUGAUAAAAUGCAAAUAUAGUUGUUUAUCAAAAAUGUAAAAUCUUGUAUUUUUUUGAGACGCAUUGCGCGGCGGAAGCGCUAAAUUGUAGUAUGUGACCUUGUGCAUGAUGAAUAGUAAUAACAUCUCAUUUGAAAUUCUCUUCAAUCUUGUCGUUUUUGUACUUCAAAUAUAUAAUAGGUAAUUCCAAAGCCUUAUUAAUGUAAUAAGUAGAUAGGGCUCUUUUCUUGAUGUGCUUUGUCGGGUGCGUUGACACUAAUGCGCGUCUCCUUGAUUUGCGUCAUAAGCGCUGGGUUUUUUUGUU